AUGGCGGGGCUAAUGGAACCGAGUGCGAGUGAGAAUGAGUCUCUCACAUCGGUGACGGGGCCAAAUCUUGAGAAUGAGCCUCUCAUGCCCGCUUAUGUGGCGAUUCAGCCCGCUUCAGCAACCGAAAGUAGAGAUUAUCCGGAUCAGGAAUCCAGGACUAAAUUGUAUCUCUUUUUAUUGACGCUCAGUAUGGGGGGCCUUGAGAUAGUCUGGUCUGCCCAACAUUCUAACGGCUCUCCAUUUCUAGCCUCCCUGGGAAUGAGCAAGUCUUUGCUAGCCUUUGUCUGGGUUGCCGGUCCUCUCACGGGGAUUAUCGCGCAACCGUACAUUGGCAUCCGCAGUGAUAACUGCCGCAGUUCCUGGGGUAAAAGGAAACCGUUUAUGGUGAUCGGAGGUGCAGCAACCGUGAUAUUUCUAUUGGCUUUGGCGUGGGUCCGAGAAAUAGCCAGUGUUAUCACUGGCGUUUUCAAUAUUGAUGUUCAGUCCGAUGGAGCAAAAGUAACGACCAUUGUCAUUGCAACAGUUUUGGUAUACUGCUUAGAUUUUUCUAUCAACUCGGGUAUAAACGCUUUCAAUUCUCAACAAGUGAAAUCAUCUGACUUAUCCUCUUUUAAAAAUCAAGCUAAUGCCUGGGGAAGCCGUCUCGCUAGUGCUGGGAAUAUUUUCGGCUAUAUCCUUGGUUACAUGAAUCUGCCAAAGGCGUUUCCAAUCUUUGGAAAUACCCAAUUUAAAGUCCUCGGUGUUAUUGCAAGCUUUUUUCUGGCAAUUACACUUGCGAUAAGCUGCUCUUACAUUAAGGAGAAAGACCCUCGCAAGGAACGACCAGCAUUACAAAACCUGAGUAUAAUUUCAUGCUGCACUCUGACUCUCAGAUAUAUUCCGCGACUUUCAUUACGGAUACGUAAGGUCUGCGGAAUUCAAUUUGCGGCGUGGUGUGGAUGGCUUCCUUUCUUGUUCUAUUCGACGAUGUUCAUCGGGCAGAUAUAUGCGAAUCCCAUCUUUGAGAAAGAUCGCGAUCUAUCGGAUGGUGAAAUAACUAAAAUCUGGGAAGAUGCUACGCGUAUUGGCACGUUUGCCUUACUUAUUAACGCGGUCAUUUCGUUAGUAGCAAGUGUCGUCCUACCGCUGCUCGUUACACCUUCAGAUAAGGAAAUCAAAAAGCCAGGGGAUGCCAGCAUCAAUUCUGAGCUGGAACGGCCAGUUUCAACUCCCGAUAUCUCGGGUUGGACUACGGUUAAUGAACACAACACAGAAACCCAGAAAAACAGACGUGACGUCUCAAAAUUUAACAUUCCUGGUCUAACGCUUAAGCGGGCAUGGCUGCUUUCACACGUCCUCUUUGCGGGCUGCAUGUUCAGUACAGCUCUCAUCUCUUCUGUACAAGCAGCUUCGGCCAUAAUAGGAAUUGUCGGUGUUUCUUGGGCUGUUACAUUAUGGGCGCCGUUUGCAUUCAUCUCGGCCGAAGUUGCUCAGUACAAUCAAGCAGAAACACAAUCACAAGACGUCCAAGGGAGGCCAUACGAUGAAAGGGUGGUGCCCUGGGCGACUGAUGACUAUGAAGGCCCUCUCGUGGAUGAUGAGGAUAGGGCAGCCAACCAAUCUGGAGUCGUACUUGGUAUACACAACAUAUGUGUCUCGUUUCCGCAGAUAAUUUCUACCCUUAUCAGCAGCGGGAUAUUUCAUGCGCUGCAGAAGCCUCGAGGGGAACCUUGGGAUGACAGUGUCGGCUGGGUGCUGCGAUUUGCAGGCUGUGCUGCCUUGGUAGCAGCAUUUCUGACGAACUCUAUGUAA